UUGGCGGUGGCGGAGAUCCAGGACACGCCGUACUUGCUGUCGAGCUGCACGAACUUGUUGUUGUGGCAGCAGCGGAGGUGGAUCAGAUGGGCCGGGUCGGAUCCGGACGGGACUACCUCCAGCUUCACGAACGGGCUGAGCGGGUCCAGGAGUCGCAUGCAUCCCAGGUCGUUGACGUACGGCCCGAAGGAGUGUCGUUCCAGAGGUAGUGCAGCUUUGAAGGGUAACCAAGUCAAUGCCGAAAGUCGUUGGGAGAUCCUCCGCCGGAAUCGAGACGGCGGCGCCGCCACUGCGGGACUUUCUGAAACUCGGAGCUCCGCUGCUCGGAGCGAGGUCGACCAUCUCCACAGCCUGAACCUCACAUUCCUGCCAGUUGAGAGCCUCGAGAUCUUGCUUGACUUGGUCGUUCGACGAGGUACGGCGACAAGGGCGAUCAAAACCACCUCUCCGGACAUACAUAGGUGGGUUCUCACUUCCGGCAGCAAUGGUGGAAGGAGUGACGAGGAAAAGAAAGAGAGGGCUUGCGGCUGCUGCGUACAUGGUCCUCGGAGCAAGAAUUCGAAGGCGAAAGAUGAGGCGGAGGGGAAGGAGGAGGCAGUGGAGGAGUGGAAUCGGAAGAUGUGGCGGCGGCUCUAG